AUGUCCGACGCCGACCAGACGCUGAACGACGCCUCCGACGUGGCCACGCCGCCCGACGUCAAGGACAUGGCCGAUGCCGCGCCCGCCGCCGCGAGCCCCAAGCACAUUCGCAACCGCGACCUCGCAGCCGGCGUCCGCAAGGUCGACGAGACGCUCCUGAGGCUCAACAAACUGCUAGCCUCGCCAGGCGGCCUCUCCGCCUUCCUCUCGACCCUCAACUACUCGCUGUACAUUGUCGCGUACCUGCAGACAAAGUCGCCCUCCAUCUCGGCCUUUGCCCAGCGCCUCCUCUCCCUCGUCCGCCCCACGUGCGACGACACAAAGAUACCCGCCACCAGCGUCGUCGACGAUGGCUCCGUGCCGCCCAUUGCUGCCCUGGCCGUCCUGCUGUCCAAGACGCGCACCAACCUGAGGCUGUUUGGCCUCUUCCCGCUGUACGCAUGGCUGCGCUCGCUCUCGUCGGGCCCCAAGCCAGGCGCAGACGUGGUCCUGCACGGCAUCGCCACGCUGCAGGCCGGCAGCUACUUUGUCUACCAGUUCCUCGAAAACAUCUGUCUCCUCGCCGACUCGGGCGUCGUGCCUCCCCGCGCCAUUGCCGCACUCAACCGCGGCGACUCCAAGACGGCGACGCUGUACCUUACCGCAUACCGCUGCUGGCUCGGCGGCGUCGUGUGCGACUAUCUCCGUCUGGUGCGUGAGUGGCAGCUCGAGGCCCGCAGGAGGGCCACGCGCCAGCACAUGGCGGCCGAUGGACGGGCACUUGCAGAGCACCAGGACGAAGAGGACCGCAAGUUUGACAAGAGGUGGUGGACCGACCUGGCCAUUGCCAGCACGUGGUUCCCCAUGGCACUGCAUUUCAGCAGCGCAAGCGGUGGUAUACCAGGCUUCAACCUGGGCGUCAUGGGUGUCUGUGGUUUACUUGCGGGAUGCACAAGGACAAAAGCAUUAACUGCAUUCGACAUUGUAGAGGCUAGCAUCGCUGACCACCGACAAGCCCUCGAUUCAGGCGAGAUUACCAGCGUUGGCCUAGUCGUCAGCUAUCUCAGCCGCAUUGCACGCUACGACACGUGCCAAGGCCUCAAUGCCUUUACCGUCUUCAACGACAACGUCCUUGAAGAGGCAGCAGCCUCUGAUGCCCGGCGAGCACUGGGACUGAAGCCACGGCCACUAGAAGGUAUACCCUAUACCAUCAAAGACAGCUACAAAGUUGCCGGCAUGACUGCAACGGCGGGGUCUCCUGCUCUCAAGGGCGUCAUGUCGAAUGGAGACUCGGCCAUUGCAAAGAAGCUGCGUGAUGCAGGCGCAGUCUUGAUGGGAAAGACAAACAUGCCGCCAAUGGCUGCGGGAGGCAUGCAGAGGGGGUUGUAUGGCCGUGCGGAAUCCCCGUACAACUCCAAGUACCUCACUGGUGCCUUUUCCUCUGGAUCGUCAAAUGGUGCAGGAACAUCGGUAGCAUCAAGCAUGGCGGUUUUCGGCAUGGGCAGCGAGACAGUGAGCAGUGGGCGUAGUCCGGCGUCGAAUAACGCGCUAGUCUGCUAUACCCCGUCAAAGGGAUGGCUGAGCUGUCGCGGACUCUGGCCGCUGUACGUCACGUGUGAUGUACCGACGCCGUAUGCGCGGUCUGUGGAAGACAUGCUCGAGAUUCUGAAUGUGAUUGCUACGCCGGACGAGGACACAACCGGGGACUUUGUACGUGAGCAGAAGCAUGUAGAGAUACCACAGCCGCCUCAAAUCGACUACAUGACACUCCGCAGGACGGAUGCACUCAAGGGAAAACGCAUCGGAGUCCCGAAGAUGUAUGUAGGCCAAAAAUACUCUGAUCCGCACGCAAAGCCUACCUAUGUUUCGCCAGAAGUAAUCGCCCUCUGGGAAGCCACCGCUCGAGACCUCGAAACCCUCGGCGCAGAAAUCAUCUACACCGACUUUCCUCUCGUCACAAACUACGAAAACGAUUCUGUAUCUGGUGAGGCCAACAACGUCGUGGGCCAACCAGCCGACUGGAACCAUCUCGAGCGCGGCAUUCUCAUAGCCCAGGCCUGGGACGCCUUUCUUGUGCAGAACAACGAUGCAAACAUCAAAUGUCUAGCCGAUAUCAAAGACCCGGCCAUGCUCUUCCCCAAGCCAAGAGACUACAAACCCGAUACCUUUCUCGAAGUCCGAAACUGGAUCAACUACGCAGGACUGCCUGACCUCGUGCAGCCAAACAAAAGCAUCCACGACGUACCUGGUCUAGCACAAGCUCUCAGUGCGUUAGAAGCCCAGCGCAAACGCGACCUAGAAGACUGGAUGGACGCCCAGCAUCUCGACGUCAUGGCAUUCCCCGCCCAAGGCGACGUGGGGCUCGCGGAUCUCGAAUUCAAUCUUGAAAGCAGCACACACAGCCUCCGCAACGGCGUCAAGUACUCCAACGGGAACCGCGCAAUCCGCCACUUGGGCGUCCCGACUGUCAGUGUGCCCAUGGGCAUCAUGGCCGGCGACAAGAAGAUGCCUGUCAACAUGACGUUUGCAGGCAAAGCCCAUACCGACACGCAAUUGCUAGCGUAUGCAUAUGCGUUUGAACGUGCGACAAGGAGAAGAGAAGCGCCGUCUUUAACACGUAAAUUGGAAACCGAUCUUGUGCCUCGCACGGUGCCCUCGCUAUCAGCAUCGCCACACAAGAUUCUCGGGGACAUGGCUGUCACGGUUACAGAGCGCCCGGCGCCGCAUCAAGUAUCGCUGGCUAUCGGCGGUACGCUGAAUGCAGCGGCGACUGGGGACAAGCAGACCAGGAUUGAGGUUUUCGUCGACGGAAAAGCAGCGGCGAGCACGGUUUGUGGGGGGACGGAGUGGGCGGUGGCAGUCACGGUUGAGCUUGAAAGACGGCAGAUGCUGGGCUGGGAUCUGGAGCCCAUGCCGUGUAGAGAUGUCAUGGUUGUAGUUGUUGUGACAGAUCAAGGGCGGGUGACAAGGGAGGCGAGGUUAGCUUGGGGGCGAGUGGAUUGA